GGUCCAUGUUGCCCGGACCGAUACUUUUGUCGUCUGCGGCUUGUUGAUAUCGGUGGUAUUGAUAUUCGGCCGCUGUUUGAUGUUCUGGAAAUACAUCCAAUGCAUUGUCUUCGUCCACGGUUCUGUUUGCAGUUCUCUUUGCAUGGUUUGAAACCAGCAGCUGAUGGGAGAUGGUCGGAUGGAGCUAUGCAUUUUUUUUAUAUUGAACUUCCUCAGGAUUUCCCGGUUGUGCUGAAUGUACUCGGUCAUGGCAGAAUGGACAAGGAUAGUAUCUCCCUGUACAGCUGUGCGGCAUACAAUUUGCCCGAUGUGCUGUUUGUAAAUUCCAUACAGGUAAGAAAUCGCUUCUGA